GAGGUGUUGCGCGGGUUCCAGCGACAGCAGCAGCCGGAGCCACCACGGGUGAACGCACGCGAGCGUCUAAGGCAACAAGAGCAGCAGCGGGCUGAGCACUACCUCGACGAGGAGGAAGAGUACGAGCAGCGGUCGCAGGCGUCGAACGUUCAUGAGCGACCACGCGUCAAGAAGCCGAGGAUCGUGCUCUCAACGUUCACAGGAACCAACCCCGACGCUUGGCUGAACAGGGCAGUGCAAUUUUUCGAUUUAAAUGAGAUGCCGCAACGUGACUGGGUUCGUUAUGCCGCGUACUAUUUAGAUGGCGAGGCCAACGUGUGGUGGCAGUGGCUCACGUGCGUGUAUCGCAGGUGGCAACAACCAAUCCGUUGGGAAGAUUUUGAACAGGAGCUCCUUACGCGCUUCGGGAACUCAGACUAUCAUAACCACGACGAGGCGCUUACUUGGAUCCGGCAGACAGGGAGUGUACGUGACUACCAAAAAGAGUUCGAGAGGUUGGCGUGCCGGGUUCGUGGGUGGCCGGAAAGCGCACUUGUUGGCGCGUUUGUUGGAGGGCUUAGAUAUGAUCUCGCGGCUGAAGUGCGAUUGGAGAGACCAAAGACCAUGCAUAAGGCCAUGGAAGUUUCUAGGAGACGGGAGGAUCACUUGGCCGAAACUCGAAGGGGACGGGCGGACUUUCGAGUCCCGGAGCCGCGACGUGUGCCGGCGACCGUGGGCGCACCUAGGGCGAACGCGAGGCCGCCGGGCGCCUUUAGGCCACCGGCAACCGAGGUGAAGAGGUUGACGGAGGAGGAGAUGGCACGGAGACGUGAGAAGGGGCUGUGUUUUCGGUGCGAGGAAAAGUACACACCGGGACAUCGAUGCAAGCAGAAUUACUUGAUCGAGUUUGUGGACUCGGAUGACGAGGAGCCGGUGAUCGAGGAAGAACGAGAAGUGGAGGUCGAGGUGCUCGAUGAUGAGGCAGAGAUCUCUGUACACGCCAUGGCAGGCACCAAGGGGCCGAGGACGAUGCGUUUGCCGGCGUGGGUGAAGGAUCAGCGACUGACUGUGCUCGUGGACAAUGGGUCGUCGCACAACUUCAUUAAUGCGACGCUAUCUCACAAGCUUAAACUACCCACGUCCAUGGUCAAGCCAUUCGAAGUGCGGGUGGCUAAUGGAGAGAGACUGCGGUGCUCGAAGGUGUACCGAGGUGUGCCAAUCAAAUUUCAAGGAGUAAUGGUAAAGGCGGACCUGUUUGCCUUACCAUUGGUAGGACCUGAUGUUGUGCUUGGUGUGCAAUGGCUCGAAGGGCUCGGUGACGUAACGACCAACUAUCGGAAGGGCGUGAUGAAGUUCGAGACCGAUGAUAGGAUGGUUACCUUGAAAGCGAGCGAGGGAUCGACCAAGGAGGUUGGUCUAAAAAACAUCGAGAAGGUGUGGCGAGGUGGUGGACAGUUGUACGCUGUCGUGGUCGAGCAGACAGGUAAGGAUGCGGAGGUGCUUGAGGAGUUCGACCAGGUGGUCGAGGAGAGGCAGCGCGAGGUGCGUGACUUGCUCGAGGAGUUCGACCAGGUCCUCGACGAGCCCAAGGGACUGCCGCCACACCGAGAGUUCGACCACCGCAUACCUUUGGUCGAGGAAGGUCGAGCAGUGCACGUGCAUCCGUAUCGAUACGCACACUUCCAAAAGACGGAGAUCGAGCGACAGGUGGGCGAGAUGCUCGAGUCCGGGCUCAUCCAGCAUAGCUCGAGCCCGUUCUCGUCACCGGUGUUGCUCGCAAAGAAGAAGGACGGAAAUUGGAUGUUUUGCACGGACUACCGCGCUCUCAAUGUGGCUACCGUGAAGGAUCGUUUUCCCAUUCCAAGUGUCGACGACAUGCUGGACGAGUUGGGUGGCGCGCGAUACUUCUCCAAGCUCUACCUACGCGCGGGCUACCAUCAGAUCAGGCUGGCCAAGGAGGACGUGCCCAAGACGGCUUUUCGCACGCACCAAGGGCACUACGAAUAUCUAGUGAUGCCUUUCGGGUUGUGCAAUGCACCGUCGACCUUUCAGUUUGCCAUGAACUCGAUUUUUAAGAGGUACCUACGUAAGUUUGUAUUAGUAUUUUUUGAUGACAUUUUGGUAUACUCGAAAUCAUGGGCAGAUCAUCUCGAGCACUUGCGAAUUGUCUUGGGGAUUUUGGAGGUUAACUCAUUCUACAUCAAACCGUCCAAGUGCUCGUUUGCUCAGGAAGUGGUCGAGUACCUCGGGCACUUUAUUUCUCAUGAUGACGUUAAGGUGUAUCCAAGGAAAAUCGAAGAGAUGGUGGGAUGGCCGAAACCCACGAGCUUGACGCAGUUGCGAGGGUUCCUUGGUCUCACGGGCUAUUAUCGAAAAUUCGUGAAGGACUAUGGGACCAUCGCAAAGCCACUUACGGAGAUGACGAAGAAGGGAGCAUUCAAGUGGACGGAGGCGAGCGAAAAGGCUUUCGAGGAACUAAAAAAGGCCAUGACGACCACACCCGUGCUCGCGAUGCCGAGGUUUGAUGUGUUGUUCGAGAUUCACUCGGAUGCGAGCGACAUUGGAAUCGGAGCAGUUCUAGUACAGGAAGGACGACCCAUGGCUUAUCUCAGCAAGGCUCUCGGGCCGGCGCGUUUAGGGUUGUCCGCAUACGUAAAAGAGAUGCUAGCCGUGGUCGAGGCCGUGCGCGUAUGGAGGCCGUACUUGCUUGGGCGACGCUUUCGGAUUGUCACGGACCAACAGCCACUCAAGAACUUGCUCGAGCAAAGGAUCGUUACGCCCGAGCAGCAAAAGUUCGUGUCCAAGUUGAUGGGAUUCGACUUCGAGAUAGUGUAUCGGCCCGGUCACCAGAACACCGUGGCAGACGCAUUGUCUCGCCAGGAAGACGUGGCCGAGCUCGACGCAGUUACGGGGCCGACGUGGGCCGUUUGGACAGAGCUUCAGAAGGCGCAAGACGAGGAUGCGCAUUGUCAGGACGUGGUCAAGAAACUGAACGAGGGACGCGACAAGGACGAGGACCAUGACAUGCACGAUGGCUUGCUUCUUUAUCAUGGGCGAGUCGUCGUGCCCAAGGCGGGAUCGUUGCGCGAGGACAUCAUCCGGCACUUCCACGACUCAAAGUUUGGAGGACAUUCCGGGGUGUUCCGGAUAUGGAUGAGGAUUGCGAGCACUUUUUAUUGGCCAGGACUGAGGGGCGAUGUGCGCGACUACGUUGGGCGAUGUGAUGAGUGCCAGCGCACUAAGGCAGACGCACGUCGACCGGGCGGACAGCUUCAACCAUUGCCGGUCCCCACACGUAUUUGGGAGGACAUCACCAUGGAUUUUAUCGAGGGGUUGCCACUCUCGAAUGGGUUUAAUGGAGUCAUGGUGGUAGUCGACCGUCUUACCAAGUAUGCACAUUUUGUUCCACUUACUCAUCCCUACACGGCUAAGUCUAUAGCAAAAUUAUUUGUUGAAUAUGUGAUGAAAUUGCAUGGGGUGCCACGGUCAAUUGUUUCCGACCGAGAUCGGAUAUUUAUGAGUAGUUUCUGGUCGGACUCGACUAAGGAAACGCCGUUCGAGUUGGUGUACGGGCGCAAUCCGCCGACGAUCGUGAGUUACUCGAUGGGGAGCGCCGUGAACGAUGAGGUCGAUCGAGAGUUGGUCGAGCGCGAGUUAAUGUUGCGCGAGCUAAAGCGGACGUUGGAAGGUUCGAUCAAUAGGAUGAAGGCGUACCAUGAUGGCAAGCGGCGUGACGUGGAGUUCGGGCCCGGGGAUUGGGUGUAUUUGAAGUUGAGGCCGUUUCGGCAAAGGACGGCAGCGCAAAGGGCCGCGACCAAGCUCGGA